AUGAAGUCAGAGAGGAAGAGAAGGAAAAGGUCUUUGUUGAGGAAACAUCUAGAAGGUGGGUUGGCUUUACCCUCUAGGGUCCAAAAAUCUCAGGAUGUGUUUAGGGUCUCCACUCCUAACCUUCCCCAGGAAAGCUUGCCAUCCAUUCUGCCUGAGAACUUUCCAAUCAGUCCUGAACUCCGGAGACAACUGGAGCAACACAUUCAAAAGUGGUUCAUUCAACACCAGGGCAACCUGGGAAGGAUCCAAGAGUCUCUGGAUCUGAUGCAGCUUCGGGACGAAUCGUCAGGGACAAGACAGGCCAAGGGCAAACCCAGGCCCUGGCAGUCCUCCACGUCCACAGGCGAAAGCAGCAAGGAGGCACAGAAGGUGAAGUUUCAGCUGGAGAGGGCCCUGUGCCCACAUAUGGGACAAAUUCUGGGGCAGACCCCGCAAAAUCUAUCCAGGGGCAUGGAAAGCUUCCCAGGGAAGGUUGCUGAGGAGUCGGAAAGAGACUUGAGGAAGCCCUUGAGGAGUGACUCGGGAAGUGAUUUAUUAAGACGCACAGAGAGGAAUCAUAUAGAAAAUGUCCUGAAAGCCCACAUGGGCAGGAAGUUGGGCCAGAUGAACGAGGGCUUGAUCCCAGUGAGUGUGCAUCGAUCCUGGCUUGCUGUCAACCAGGCUUUUCCCGUGUCCAACACCCACGUGAAAACCAGCAAUCUAGCACCCCUGAAAAGUGGGAAAGCCUAUGUGAACACAGCCCAGGUGCUUCCCUUCCUCGAGCUGGAAGCCCAUAUUGGGAGGUUAUGGGCCAAACACAGGUGGGGUCUACCCCUCAGGGUCCUCAAACCCAUUCAGAGCUUUAAACUGGAAAAGGUUUCGUCCUUGUCCCUUACACAGCUUGCCGGUCCCUCCUCAGCCACCUGUGAAUCCGGGGCUGGCUCAGAAGUUGAGGUGGCCACGUUCCUUAGAGAGCCACCAACGGCAAGUCUGAGAAAGCAGGUGCUGACCAAAGCAUCUAACGUGUCAGAGAGUCUUCUGGCCUCUUCCCCUGCAUGUAAGCAGUUCCAGAGGGCCCUGCCAGGGAUCCCAUCUUGGAAUGAUCAUGGGUCCUUGAAGCCUCCUCCAGCUGCACAGGAGGGCAAGUGGCCAUCUAAGCCCCUCAAAUACAGCCUCACAGGCAGCACCCAGCAGAGCAGGAGCUUAGGAGCCCAGUCUUCAAGGGCUGUAGAGACCAGGGAGGCAGUGCCACAACCCAGAGUCCCCUCAGGAACCCGUAUGCUGGCAAACCACCAAGCCACAAGGGAGGAUGUGUGUGGUUUCGAGGCUCCAGGGACCAGCAAAAGUUCUCUACUCCCUAAAAUGUCUCUCUCCCAAGAUCCAAGACAGCUGUGUCUUAUGGAGGAGGUUAUUAGUGAAUUUGAGCCUGGAAUGCCCAUGAAGUCAGAGACCCAGCCUCAAGUUUGUGCCGCUGUUGUGCUCCUUCCAGAUGGGCAAGCAUCUGUUCUGCCCCUUGCUGCAGAGAAUUUGGCUCCUCAAGUGCCCCAGGGCCAUCUCCAGAGCACGCCUGCUGGGAACAUGCAGGCUUCCCAGGAGCUACGUGACCUCAUGGCAGCCAGAAGGAGCAACCUGGGACACAGGGAGCCCAAGAACCCAAACUGUCAAGUCUCAUGCAAGAGACAAAGCCCGAUAUUUCCCCCUACUCACAAGAGCGAGAAGCCCAACUUAGAAAGACAUGAAGAAAGGCCUGAAGAAUUGAAGACUCCUCAACUUACCCCGGUCAGAAAAACAGAAGACACUCAUCAGGAUGAAGGUGUCCAGUCAUUGCCAUCAAAGAAACAGCCUCCUUCAAUAAGCCACUUAGAAAACAUCAAGCAAUUUUUUCAUCAAGCAGUUUUCUCAAAGAAAAAAAGCAAGCCAGCACCAGGCACUGCUGAGAACCAAAAAACAGGACAAAACAGGUCCUGUGUGUACAGCAGCAGUGCUGAAGCUCAGGGGCUCAUGACAGCAGUCGGACAGAUGCUGGAGGAGAAAAUGUCACUUUGCCAUGCACGCCAGGCCUCGAAGGUAAAUCAGCACAAACAGGAGUUUCAAGCUCCAGUCUGUGGGUUUCCCUGCAACCACAGCUUUUUCUACUCAGAAGAGAGCAGAAUGCUGAGCUAUGCCGCCUGCAGUCAACGAGCCACUGUCAAGAGCCAGAGUUGUCCCAACAGAGAGAGGAAAAUCAGAGAUCAACAGCCCCUGAAAAGUGUCCGGUGCAACAAUGAGCAAUGGGGCCUGCGACAUCCCCAGCUCUUGCUCCCCAAGAAAGCUGUACCCCCAGUCAGUCCCCCUCAGCACUGGCCGAAGACACCCGGUGCCUCCAGCUACCAUCACCACUGUCCCAGGCACUGUCUUCUUCGGGGAGGUAUCUAAUUUGGUCUAAUUUUUUAGCCUUCCUUAGAGAAAAACAAGUCCCCAAGAAAAAAUUCACUCUAUGUAGAGAAAAAAUAUUU